GCUUGUUUUCUAAAGUGUAGUCGUUUAUUUGGGCUUGCUUUGCUGCCUGUAUGAACCCCUCCCGAUUGUCUCCCAGUUCUCCACAAUAAAGCGAAACACGUCAGUGUGUCCUGUUCCAGGACCUGGACACUCCUCCGUUUUUAGUCGCUGCCCCCACCCAUUACUCACUAAAAUGCUCAAAAACUAUAAACUGUAUAAUUAUUUGCUUUAUUUUCCAUCCUAUGAUCAGGACACGGGAGUUUUUUUUUAUGGGAACAGAGUCUCGGUUAACCAAAGUGUCAGAAACAUAAAAGCAAAAAAUGAAAAUCCUUAUUCUUGUGUUUCUCGUGGGAAUAUGCCGAGUGACGACAGUGACUCACUCUCUGAAGUAUUUCUACGUUGCAUCCUCUCAAGUCCCAAACUUUCCAGAGGUUGUGGUUGUUGGAAUGGUUGAUGAUGUUCAGAUCAUUCACUAUGACAGCAACACCAGGACAGCAGUGCCCAAGCAGGACUGGAUGAAGAAAGUCAUUGAUGAUGAUCCAGAGUACUUCAAGAGGAGCAGUAACAUAUUUAUGGGUCAAGAGCAGACCUUCAAAGACAACAUUGAAAGACUAAAGCAACGCUUCAACAAAUGUGGAGGUGUCCAUAUUUACCAGGUGAUGUACGGCUGUGAAUGGGAUGAUGAGAUGAAUGAGGUUAAGGGUUACAGACAGUAUGGUUAUGAUGGAGAAGAUUUCAUAUCAUUGGACCUGAAUACAGAGACAUGGAUCGCUCCAAAGCAACAGGCUUUCAUCACCAAGCAGAAGUGGGACAAUAACAAAGCUCGAACAGCAUACUUGAAGGACUACCACACCCGGAUUUGUCCUAAGUGGCUGAAGAAGUAUGUGAACUAUGGGAGGAGGUCUCUGAUGAGAAAAGAUCUUCCCUCAGUGUCUCUCCUCCAGAAGACUCCCUCCUCUCCGGUCACCUGCCACGCUACAGGUUUCUACCCCGACAGAGUCGACUUGUUCUGGAGGAAAGAUGGAGAGGAGCUUCAUGAGGACGUGGACAAAGGAGAGAUCCUCCCCAACCAUGAUGAAACCUUUCAGAUGAGUGUUGACCUUAAGAUUUUAUCAAUCCCUGCUGAAGACUGGAAGAAGUACGACUGUGUGUUUCAGCUGUCUGGUGUCAAAGACGACAUCAUCACCAAACUGAACAAAUCACUGAUCAGAACCAAUGAAGUAAAUCGUCUCUCCAGGACCAUCCGCAUCUUUGUUGCUGCUCAGGUUGUUGUUCUUGCUGUCAUCACUGUGGUUGGAUUCAUUGUUUACGAGAAGAUAAGGAUCAGGCGUCCUCCAUCUCCUGUAGAGAACAGAGAGGUCCAGGAGGAAAUGCUUCCAAAAGCCUGAAUGACAAACAAAACCCUGCACUCAGUUUAUAAACACAUUUUGCAGUGAAACAAGGAGCAGUGUCACCACAUUCUCCUCCAUAAACUGGAAAUUCAUUGGAUGUUCAUCAUUAUUAUAAACUGGUAGAAGAAGUGUUGGGGAGUGAGUUAGAAAUAUUUUCUGAUUUAAAUUCAAGGAAAAAUUAAAGAGUCAUCAAACAUAGUGAUACUCAGUAGUUUUAUGCAUUUAGUUUUGAAUUAAAAAGUGGAAUUUCUUCUGAUAAAACAUGAUGACAAAUGUCUGCAGAGAAUUAAAACAUUGAAAUGAUAUAAAAUCACUGAAAGCAUCUCAGUGUUCUUCAUACAAACACAAUGAAUCAGAGAAUUAACACAUUUAUCAUAUUUACUGUUAGAUAUUUCUGGUUUGGGGAUUUUUCCCUGUAGAUCAAUGAAUCUAACAAUAAUCAAUAUUGAUAAUACAGAUGUAGAUAUACAUUUAUAGACACACAGACACAUUACAUGCAUUCUCCUUUUCAUAGACGUAAACUCUGAGGGUCUGGUGAUAUAAUGACAUAAACAUUAAGACAAAAUGCUGCAAAUCAAUCAGCAGCUUCCAGAAACAUGUAAACUGCAGAGUUUCAACAUCCUGCAGUUGUCAGUGUAACUGGUCUUUGUGUGUUCCUGCUGGAGAUAAAGUGAAGCUCGUCUCUGCUGGGACUGACUCCAGUCCUCUCAGUGGACAAACAGGACAGAAAAGUGAUGGAGGCAGUUUUUCAUCACUGUGGUUAUGAUCCUGAUUUGUCAGUAAUCUGUUAGAAACACAUUUCCAUCUGAAAAUCAAUGAAUGUACAAGAAAUAUAUUUGAAGUAAGAAUAUAAAAUGAUGGAGUGUAUCUCUGCACACAGACACAGAAUACAAACAUCAAUGCAAAUCUUUGUCCUCUUGUUUAAAUAUUCUAUAAAGAUCUUGUUUUGAUUCCAAGCAGAUCUAAGAAAGUUACAUUUUAUGUUUAAAAUUGUUCUUAAUUAAGAAACGAUGUUAUUGUUCUACAAAAUCAUUUCAUGUGUGGCUUAAUAGUGGACUGUACAGUUCUUUUGGUAUAUUUCAUUUAUCAAUACACUGUUAAAUGUUCUUGAACAUAUUUCCUGAUGGUAAUUCAGGACAAUGAUCUUUUUAUGUUUCAAAACAUUUUAAAAUUAAAUAGUGAAGUUACAUUCACUUCUUAGUGGAUCAUUGUCACUUAUGCUGCAUAUCAGUAUUAUUCCUUUUGUACUUUUGUUUUGCUUUUCAAUAAACUCUCCAAUAAUCCAGA